AUGUUUGUGUUCUUUUUCAACGAUACAAAAGCGAUCCAGAGCGAUGAUUUGCGGGAUGAAUGGGUUUCUCGCAUCCCUCUGAUAGGCAAAGAUCAGAGAAAACUCAUACUGAUACGCAUUUUGGUUGGUGAACGGCUUCACGACAGCGGGAGGACGAGGAGCAUCCUUGCUGGUGCAACGAUGGAAGAAGAAUUGGAUAUGUCAUUUUUCGAUGCUGAAGAUUUAGUAGAUGAUGUUGUGGGUGUCGACUUCAAUAUAGUUGCACAAUUACAUCGACAAUUACAAUUACGCACAGCCAUAACUGAGCUAACAAUGUUAUGCAUUGUUGCGCAUGCGUUGAAUAUAUUGAACAUAUAUUCUACGUCAAGAAAUAGUAUUACAGAUUUUGUUCCGGACAGAGAUCGUCGCCGAGAGCAGCUGAUGUCUUACCUAGUACAUACAAAUAGAUGUCGCGACGUUAUUCGGAUGGGACCAGAGGCAUUUAUUAACCUAUGUCAGCGCUUAAGGGAAACUGGGUUAGUGAAAGAUGUUGUAAGGUGCACAUUGGGGGAACAAGUUGCUAAGUUUCUGCACAUCAUUGGGCAUAAUGUCAAGAAUCGUAGUGUGUCAUUUUUUUUCUAUCGUUCUGGCUCGACUGUUAGCAGACAUUUUCAUAAUGUGUUGGAUGCAGUCUUAAGUUUGGAAUCAGAGUUCUUAAUUCAACCGUCCGGCAUAGAGGUGCAAGAUCAUGUCUUGAACAAUAGUCGAUUCUACCCGUACUUCAAGGAUUGCGUGGGGGCCAUAGAUGGAACUCAUGUUCGGGUAAGGGUCCCUAGAUCUGAGGCUCCCAGAUAUCGAGGAAGGAAGGAUUGGCCAACUCAAAAUGUCUUUGCCGCAUGUGAUUUUGAUAUGAAAUUCACUUAUGUGCUGGCAGGCAAAUACUAUCUCGGGGAUGCUGGUUUUAUGCUAAAAAAAUCAAUUCUGACUCUGUAUAGAGGUGUAAGAUAUCACCUUAAAGAGUAUGCACGAAGAGGGCCACAAAAUCCACGCGAGCUUUUUAAUCUUCGACAUUCUUCUUUGAGAAAUGUAAUUGAGAGAACAUUCAGAGUGUUGAAGAAACGAUUUCCUAUCAUAGCAAGUGGAACUGAGCCUCAUUACCCUUUGGAGACAAUGACAGAUAUAGUUUUAGCAUGUUGCAUCCUCCAUAAUUUCCUACGAGGUUCUGAUAAUGAUGAAUAUUUAAUCGAUGAGGUUGAUCGUGAAUUGAUGGAACAUGCUAAUGAAACAGGAAAUGCUCAAGUGGACCGUGAUGAUGAUUAUAGGGUUGGUUGUAAUAUUAGAGAUGAUUUAGCACAACAAAUGUGGUAUCAACAGAUGAAUACGGGUAAGGGAACACUCGCCGGUUCUUCUGUGGUUCCUUGA